AUGAAGGUGAUUCUCUUCCUCUUGCUUCUCGUCGCUAUCUCCUGGACUCUUUUGGACGUCGUCGACUCGAAAGGUGUCCCAGCGAAGCGUGUGAAGAGACAAUAUUACGGAUAUGGCGGCUAUGGCGGAUACGGAGGCUGCGACUGCCCCACCUAUGCUCCUUGCUCACAUGCCCCAUACUACGGAGGUUACGGAGGCUACGGAGGCUACGGAGGCUACGGUGGAUAUGGCGGAUACGGCGGCUAUGGCUACAAGAAAUAA